UGCCGGCUUCGGAGCCGUCUCGGCGGCUGUUAAACGCGCGCUUUGGGUGCGGGGGGAAGAAGUUUCGGCCCGUGUGCUCCGGCGCGGGUGUCGGCUCGGCGGCUCUUUCCCGCUCCGCCUGCCCUCGCGUCCCAGUCUGGGCUCUUCCACCGGCCCCGCCGGGGCUUCUGCUUGACCUCGCUCAGUUCCAGCCCGGAAUCCGCGUUCCGAACCUGGGAAAUUCCCCGCGGUGCGCACCCGGGCGCCUCGCCCCCCCCGGCCGGGGAUUGCCGCCCUCCCAACCCCGGCCCGCCCCGUUCCUGCCGCCUCACUUAAUGUCCCCUGGUAUCCUGAGCCCCCUCUGCCCACUCGGGUCCUCUGUCCGUCGUUCCUGCCCCUCUCCUGGCCUCCGCUUGGACACUUCCUCUUUGGCCUUCUCGGGGAACGGACGGCAUCCACGCUUUGGCCCCAGCUCCAGCUGGAUCCUCUGCAUCCCUCCGGGCUCCCUCUUUCUUGGGCCCGUUUUCUCCGUUUCAGCAGCUGGGUGCCUCUGACCGUUGGCUGAUGGGUACUUGACGUUUUUAUGCAUCUGGGCCCAGGAUGAGAAGGAGCCUGGCUCCCAGCCAGCUAGCCAAGAGGAAACCGGAAGGCAGAGCCUCGGAUGACGAAGACUGGCAGCCUGGGGCCGUGACUCCUAAACGGAAAUCCAGGAGCGAGACCCAGAGACAGGAGAACUUCCUGUCUCCUUUCCGGAAACCCUUGACACAACUGACCGAUCGCCCGCCCUGUCUGGACAGUAGUCAGCAUGAAGCAUUUAUUCGAAGCAUUUUGUCAAAGCCAUUCAAAAUUCCCAUACCAAAUUAUCAAGGUCCUCUGGGCUUCCGGGCAUUGGGCCUCAAGAGAGCUGGGAUCCGUCGGGCCCUCCAUGACCCCUUGGAAGAAGGUGCAUUGGUCCUGUAUGAGCCUCCGCCGCUGAGCGCCCAUGACCAGCUAAAACUUGACAAAGAAAAACUCCCUGUCCAUGUGGUGGUCGAUCCUGUUCUCAGUAAGGUCUUGCGGCCUCAUCAGAGAGAGGGGGUGAAGUUCCUGUGGGAGUGUGUCACCAGCCGGCGCAUCCCUGGCAGCCAUGGCUGCAUCAUGGCAGAUGAGAUGGGCCUGGGCAAGACCCUGCAGUGCAUCACGCUGAUGUGGACGCUUUUGCGCCAGAGUCCAGACUGUAAGCCAGAGAUUGACAAGGCGGUGGUGGUGUCCCCGUCCAGCCUGGUGAAGAACUGGUACAAUGAAGUGGGGAAAUGGCUUGGAGGGAGGAUCCAGCCUCUGGCCAUCGAUGGAGGUUCGAAGGAUGAGAUAGAUCGAAAGCUCGAAGGAUUCAUGAACCAGCGUGGAGCUCGAGUGCCUUCCCCCAUCCUCAUCAUUUCCUACGAGACGUUUCGUCUCCACGUGGGAGUUCUCCAGAAAGGGAGUGUGGGCCUGGUCAUAUGUGAUGAGGGACACAGGCUCAAGAACUCAGACAACCAGACUUACCAAGCCCUGAACAGCUUGAACACCAGCCGGCGAGUGCUCAUCUCUGGGACCCCUAUCCAGAACGAUCUCCUGGAGUAUUUCAGCUUGGUACAUUUUGUGAAUUCGGGCAUCCUGGGAACUGCCCAUGAGUUCAAGAAACACUUUGAGUUGCCAAUAUUGAAGGGUCGAGAUGCAGCGGCCAGCGAGGCAGACCGGCAGCUGGGAGAGGAGCGGCUGCGGGAGCUCAUCGGCAUCGUGAACAGGUGCCUGAUACGGAGGACUUCUGAUAUUCUUUCUAAAUAUCUGCCUGUGAAGAUCGAGCAGGUGGUCUGUUGCAGGCUGACUUCUCUUCAGAUGGAAUUAUACAAGCGGUUUCUGAGACAGGCCAAGCCAGCAGAAGAGUUGCAGGAGGGGAAGAUGAGCGUUUCCUCCCUGUCUUCCAUCACCUCACUAAAGAAGCUGUGUAACCAUCCAGCUUUAAUCUAUGAGAAGUGUGUGGAAGAGGAGGGGGGCUUUGAGGGGGCCUUGGACUUAUUCCCCCCCGGCUAUAAUACCAAGGCUCUCGAGCCCCAGCUCUCGGGUAAGAUGCUGGUCCUUGAUUACAUUCUGGCAGUGACCCGAAGCCGCAGCAAUGACAAGGUAGUGUUGGUAUCCAAUUAUACCCAGACAUUGGACCUUUUUGAGAAGCUGUGCCGGACUCGAAGGUACCUGUAUGUUCGCUUGGAUGGCACAAUGUCUAUCAAGAAGCGAGCCAAGGUUGUGGAGCGCUUCAAUGAUCCAACGAGCCCCGACUUUGUCUUCAUGCUGAGCAGCAAAGCUGGGGGCUGCGGCCUCAAUCUCAUUGGGGCUAACCGCCUGGUCAUGUUUGACCCUGACUGGAACCCAGCCAAUGAUGAACAAGCCAUGGCCCGAGUCUGGCGUGAUGGUCAAAAGAAAACCUGCUACAUAUAUCGCCUGCUGUCUACAGGAACCAUUGAGGAGAAGAUCUUUCAACGUCAGAGCCACAAGAAGGCUCUCAGCAGUUGUGUGGUGGAUGAGGAACAGGAUGUGGAGCGGCACUUUUCCCUGGGCGAGCUAAAGGAACUGUUUACCCUGGACGAGGCGAGCCUUAGUGACACUCAUGACAGGUUGCGUUGCCGUCGUUGUGUCAACAACCACCAGGUUCGGCCACCCCCUGAUGGUUCUGACUGUACCUCGGACCUGGCUCAGUGGAACCAUAGCACUGAUAAGAGGGGCCUCAAGGACGCGGUCCUGCAGGCUGCCUGGGAUGCCGCCUCUACUGCCAUCACUUUCGUCUUCCACCAGCAUUCCCAUGAGGAGCAGCGGGGCGUCCGCUGAUAACC